AUGAGCGACUCGAGAUACUCAAAGCGCUUUAGAGUGCCAGUAUCGUGCUCAGUGUGCCGCAAACGAAAGUCUCGUUGUGACAGGGUUAAACCGGUCUGUGGCACCUGUAAGAAGAAAUCUAUUGCCCACUUAUGUUGUUAUGAAGAUGAUCCGCCGGUUACUCAACAAAAUACAACCACUUUCCUCCCUGUUGGGCCUGUUUUAACGCCUCUGGGUGGCCUGGCCCCAACACAGUAUCAACCACAACCACAACCUUCCAACCACGAUCAUUCCAUCCAAGGCCAGAAUAAUCAUCAUAUCCAAAACCACACUUACCAUAAGAGCCCGCAGGUAAACUAUCAACUGCCCCUGCUACCUCCUCCUCACCAUCAUCCACAGUCUCCGUUAUGGGCCUCUCAUCACCAGCAGCAUCAUUACAUGGGAAGCGACCCUUCGUCAACCCUGCUGCCUCGAAUGAUUAGUAACCCUCCACCUUCUGAUCCACAACCUCGCUUUAUGCUGUCUGUUCCCCUGAAUGAGGGCCCUCAGCCUGAACCUUUUCAAACCCAACCACAACCUGUUCAGCAGCAGGAACAGUUUCAGGCUCAGCAAACCUACCAGCAAUCUCUUCCUCCACAGGAAUCGGUAUCUGGUUCUCUGCAGAUACAAGGUCCACCUCUGGUAGGUUAUAAUUCGGAUAUCAUCAGAGCACCUGCUCCUACUCGAUCCCAUGAGUCUCAAAGCUCUCAUGGAUCUCUCGGCUCAAGAGGCUCUUUACCUCUACCGCAGGGCUUUCCUGGAGCUGUGCCAAUCGGCAGUCCGAAGAAUCACGCUCUUUCUCGAACUGAUUCUAUGGGAAGUUCGGCGCCUUCGAUCUCAGGCAUGUCUGGCCCACCACUGGUAAGUCUGAAGAAACGCAAGGUUCCGGCUACGCCUCCUUUAGCUCCAGUAACGAUGCUUGCCACUACAAGCGGCUCAACUAAACCAGCAGAAUCUAACCAAGCAAUGUCUAUCACUAUGACAUCGAGAUCAAAUACUUCGAUGACUGAAAGAUCGGCUACGUCACCGCACAAGGAAAAGACUUCUUUGCCGUCAAGUACAUCACAGCAAGAAAAGUCACCAAAGAAGGAGACUUUUGCCGAGGAGGACUCUUCAUCUCCAGAGUACGUCUCCAUUUCGAUUGGCUCUAACAUACUUCAGAUUGAAUUGGAGGAUACUAUGGAUUCUUUCUCAGCGGCAACAAACUCUUUGUUGGUUGAAGGGGAGCUCUGGCAACAACAAGGUCCACUCUCCUAUGUUGGUCUUACCAAAAGUGAUCCUUUCAUCAAGCUCAUCAGAAGUUUCAGUAUCGAAAUUUUCAAGAGCGACGAGUUUGCUCAAUUCAUAAGGCGUAAGAAACCUGUCUCUGGAGACAAGAGUUCACCUGCCUCGGCCAUCAGCGGUGCAACAAGCAUGGAUGAAACGUCGCGUUCAGAGCAAUCAGACCAACCGUUUGAUAGAAAUUAUACACUUGAAGAACGAAACUCUGAAGAUGAAACCGAUUUACUUAGUGGAGGCGCUCUUCUUACUACUAAAAUUAAGGCUGACGAGACCAACAAUUCUUUGCCUUUUCCUAAUCCAUAUUCUGAACUCCCCGGGAUCGUCUCCAUCCAAAGUUUGUCGGGGGCAAAACUGAAUUAUUACGAGUUUGUUCAGGGUCAAGUCAUCAGUGUUCUCCCCAACAAGCGAUCACUUUACAAUGCUGUGAGUCGCUACUUCAAAUUUGUUGCUAGUUUUGUGCCUAUUCUUCAUGAACAUACGUUCAUGUCAGAGGUUCGUUCCUUAUUCGGCGGCGGGUUCCCUGAUUUUGGUGACGGCUACUACAAGCUGUUCUUUAUUCGAGACGAACAAGACUUGAAUUUGACUGCUCAACUUUUGCUCAUCGUGAGACUAGGUUACAUGUCAUUAAUCCCAACUGAUGAGACUGAUAUUGUCUUCACCAAAGAAGAGAAGCAUUUGAUAAAAGAUAUUACGCGGUUUAAGUCUGACCAUUACUUGAGUAUCAUCAACCUAUGCAUAUCAGAAGAAAAGAUUCAAACAAGAUCGACAUUCAAAAUCGUGCAAAGUUUGACGCUUUUAUAUUUCUACCGUUCUGUGGCUCCUAACGAUUGUCUCGGAAUAAGUGGAGCUGACUCCCAGCUACUCUUCGGAUCUAUUGUUAACCAUGCAUUAUCGAUUGGGCUCAAUAGAGAUCCUGUCAACUACGACAGCAUACACAGUAUCUCCAAAAAGGCAGACUUUGUCAACACUUGGAGAUCGCUUUGGUAUUUCAUUGUCAACGCUGAUGCAAUGGGAGCCAUGCUUUGCGGUACACCCCUUAAGAUCCCUAGUAUCGAGAUAAGCGAUGUCGAGAAUCCGAAAUUUGAUAAGCACUCAAGCGAACGUGAGGAGCUCUUUCACAGAACGCAAGACAUUUGUAAUUCGUACCGUCGGGUGUUGAACAAACUUACUAAUCUACACGACAAACCGAAGGUAAUUGAUGUCUUACGGGAAACAAGUUACUUAGAAGGGAUGUUCCUCUCCCUUUUUGGGCAAGACUUCUUCAGAGAUUACAUCUGUAGUCCAGCACCCCAACACGGCGACGGACUGGAUGCAAGCGACAAGAAGAAGAGAGAAGAGUGCUUAUUGAAAGUGAGUCGGUUCUUGACCUUCCUUCAUUUGAGAGCGAGUCUUUCUUGUCUUUACUAUCUAGUCGUGAUCCAUUAUGAAGAGAAACUUGACAAGGAUGCUAGUGCUGAGAUUACCGCAGGAAUCGAGCUCUUCAAGAUUUUCAUCCGAAGUGUUGUGCAGCUAGUGUACAUUAUGUCAUAUGCUCUUGACAAUUCACAAGAGCUUUUCGGACGACAUUAUGACUUUAUCUUGACUUCAGGUAUUGAGAGAUCGUUAAUCAAGACACACAAUUUCGUUACGUCAUUCUUCAUUCGACUCAUCAAUUACAAAAGAGCGUUGGUUGUACAGCAGUUCAGUAAGAUGGCCAACCCGUUGGCCAACAACUCGGAAGAUGACGAUCUGGAACUAGUGGCACGGAGCGAAGUGACGGAUUCCUUGUUUACAAUAGCGAUGAUCGAAGCGGAACUAUUUGUCGGCAAUUUCUGGACCCUUAGCAAGACAUACAUCAAUUCGUACAAGAUCUAUGUCAUGGCUUACUUUGUUCUCAAACAAUGCAUGGAAAAUCCAGACAAAUUGUUCGAAGGCAUGGUCAACCACAAGAAGUAUUUCCACGAUGGCACAAACUUGCUUCAAUUUUUGUCGAUUGUCGAGCUUCAAAGCUUAUGUAAGUUGUGUGAAGAAUUCCGUCUAGCUAAAGUCGAGCUGAUUCGGAGACAAAAAACGAGGCCUAAAACGGGCGCAGCUGCCGUAGAGGCAGAAAAAGAAGACAAUGGAGAAGAACCUUUUGACGCAAUGUUGGCAAAUCGAACCAUGUAUGCCAACCGCAACACGGUGAAUACUUAUGGAGUGUUGCAGGAAAAGCACAUGUACAGAGAUUUUGAGAAGCAGGCCUUUGAUGAACAGUCCAUGAUUGGAAAUGAGGAGCUUUUGAAACUUUUUGAACUCUACGGCGACCUCGAUGCAUACCCAUGUUCCACAUGUGUUCAGCAUAACCGUCCUAAUGACUGCUCCUAUGGUGAAUCUGUAUCAGCAGCAGGUCCUCCCAAUUUGCAACAGGGUUCUGUGGGUGUUUUCAGGACCUUCCUUGCGACUGGUCCAAACACUAAUCCAGGGUCCAAGGAAAGCUCCAGAGAAACGACAUAUUCCAAGCUGACCCUGUCAGGAAGCGAUACACAAAGCUAUGAUACUGCCAACUCAGCCGGUUCAAUGGAAGGCAGUUUUGACUCUGGCCGUAGCCAACAGUCCAACCCGCUGCCUCUACGGUCCAUGCAUCCGCCUCAAGCAAUGCCCCAACAGCAGAUGCGCCCUGGAAUGUCUUCGGUACCUGCUGGAUACGAACAGAGUCUGCCUGCUUUGUUUAAUCCGAGCACGGGUCCUGACCAACUGAGCGAUCGGUCACUGGGAACUGAGAAUGUGGUCUUGAUGAGCGAUAUGGAGCGACUCAAACUGAAGAUACGACAGCUUGAAGAUAAGCUUGAUUCUGGACUGAGUCUGGAUUCACCAACGGUAUUCCCGCUUCCACACGAAAGUGCACCAGACUUUGUUGCCUUUAGAAACAACCUUGCUCGUGGUCCUCCUACUAGCACGGACACUGCCAAUCCGCUUUUAGUCGGCAUUAAUCCCUACAACAUGAAUGAUCCGAACGAGCUCAUAGAUCUCUAUGAAAACUACAGUCCUAUGCACGUUAAGGAUGCGCUAAGAAGACAAAACUUUGGACCGUUUGCCUGGCUUGCAUUUAUGAAGAAGGAUAAGGUACUCAAUCUCUUGUUUGAGUACAUCAAGACCACGAGACCAACUGCGCAGACACCUCUGGCUUACACUCGCCCAAAGCCCUAUACCGGGCCUGGGGAACUGGUGGAUGCCGAUUUCCGGAAGAAGGCAUUAGACCGAGAAGGCGACAGCGACGUGGCUCCUUUCGCUAACGAUGCCAAUGGUACUCCCGCAAGUAACUUGAAAAUCCAAAUGAACAAACAUGCCCUUUCUUUGGGUCUCACAAUGUUUGAAGGUGAGCUUGAUCAGAAGACUCACCUCGUGGAAAAGAUCAAAUUACUUCUUCCCACUCGCAAGGCUCUUUGGAUAUUAAUUAACCGUUUCUUUACCUGUGUCUAUCCUUUUAUCCCCAUCAUUGAUGAGACAUGGUUCCGAACGGAAGUCAAAAGGAUGCUCGGCGCAGAGGUGUACGACGAUGAACGCAUUCAGCAUAUUGCCUUAGAAAAACAAGUCGAUUUGGCUACAAUCGCAAUUGUGUUGAUUGUAAUCCGUUUCGCCUAUUUGUCUGCAUUUUCAAACAUCAAAUCAGAGAAUGAGAAAGUGUUGAACGCUUCUGAUGACUCUCCCUUGGCUGAAUUGAAAUACAUUCUCCAAAACCCAAUUGCAUUAGAUGUCAUUAAUUUAUCACAGGUAUGCAUUGACCAGUUUGAUUUAUUCAAAAGAACUAAUAUGACUGUCUUGCAAUAUAUGGCCCUUUUGAGGGUCUACUAUCAGUUCGCGCCCGAACAUGGCGAUGGCUAUGACGGCGGUGUGUCCCACGUACUACCUUCUAUGUGUGUCCUGGUUGCUUAUUGUAUGGGGCUCAAUAGAGAGCCAGGCAACUUUGACGACGUGUGCAAUGAUGCUAAGAUGAACAAUAUCACCAGAAAGCUUUGGUUUUUUAUCAAACUUGCUGACUUGACCCAGGCGUACCAGUUUGGAUUUCCUAUGCUAAUUGAUAACGGUUUUAAUGAUGUCCGUCUUCCAUACUACAGACCGGGAAAUUCAAACGUCUUGGACGCAAACUUGGAAAGAGAUCUUUGUGAUACCUUAGCGGGCAUGGGUCCUUUCCUUGACAAACUCAAGUCUUUCUUGAACAAGAUCUGCUCCAUUAGGAAUUGUUUGAAAAUGAGUGAUGCAACAGCUUUGAUUUCUGACUUUGAGGUAAGCAUACAACAAGCCUUGGGAUCCUUGACGGACUACUCAAAGACUCCACUCGGCAAGAACGAAUUUUCAUUUGCUAAGAGCAUGAAGUGCAAGACCUACUUGAAUCUCAAGAACCUCCUCCUUUCAUUGUUUUUCCAUUUCUUCCUUAAUUAUGAGAGAAAUGGCAAUCACAAUUUGGCUUUCUUUUACAUGAAGAAGUAUCUUUCGAUUGCGUGUGGAGAAAUGCUCCCUGAGAUUCUUGAUCUUAUAAAAGAUAAGUCAAAGACUUUUGAUUCAAAGAGCACAUUACCAGAUCUCUUUUUGACCCCGUCUAUUGAAUUAUUCCUUCACAAAUCCAACCAGCUAAACAUUUCCAUUUUCUUACGAAUGAGUUGUGCUGUGGCCUAUUUGAAGUCUGAUCCUGUUCUUCACAACAGGAAUAUCCUGACGUCGUUUGAAUACAAGAUGAGAUACGCUAAGCUUUGCAAGCUUUUGAAGAUUCUUGAGAAGUUCAUCAAGUUUGGUACGGCUUGUCUUUCAAAGCUUAGUCACAGAUAUUAUUAUGCUUGGAGAGUUUGCAAGGCCCAUACGUUCAUCAUUGAUGUAUUCCAGUCUGAAGCAGUGGGUGACUACAUUCUUAACAAUUGCAAUUCAGACAGGCUCAUGACCGAUUUUACGACACAAAGAAUCGAAGAACUUCUUGAGAUUGCAGAUACGACGCUCUGGAAGCUCAAAGAUGUCAUCAAAGAAGAUACCGAGAAAAAGGGUGGGGAUGAAGAGACUUUCAAUGUCCCCGAUAUUGAUCCAUUGACUCUCAACUCAGCCAAUACACUGAACGGCCCCGCUGAGUCCCAGCAACCGGUGCAAUCAUUUGCCACGAACGACGCAAUUGACAUUGAUGACUUCCGCCCAGACGAGGAUGUGGAUAUUGAUAACUUAUGGAGACAAAUCGGUUUUAUGAAGUAUGACUCCCAGGCGAAUGAAGCACCUACGUUCGAUCAGAUGAAUUUUUCAGACAAUCAGUGGGGAAUGUCGUCACCGAACUACGGAAGUUCACUUACACCAUUGUUUGACGGAACAGGCGAAGUCGAUGCAUAUCUAGAUAUGUUCUCGAAGCCGCAAUUGUGA